GCUUGGCUCUGUUUGUUUCUCUAGAAAAUGAGAAAAAAAUAACUUACCUCUCUUUUAAUUAUCAAAAUAAAAACAUUUCUAUUCUUCUUACCAAAAAUAUAUAAAAUAUCGACAAGUUCUUUUUAUCUCUAUUUUAAUUUAAUUUUUUUUCUUCUCUAUAAAUCUCCGAGAGAGAGAAAGAGGGGAAAAAAAGUAAUAUUUAUUUUUUGUUUGAUAAAAACUUGACUCCUUUUUCUCUUGGGUUGGGAGUCUCGGUUGUCUAUGUGUGUUUGUGUCAGAGCAGAGAAAGAACCUCUUAAGGGGAAAUUUAUCUGAAAGAAGAAGAGAAAUUUAAAAAAAAUAAAAGGAGCAAAAGUGAAGAACAACGUUUAAAAGAAUGAAUUGUCUUAACUAUCUUGAACCAGAUGAUUCUUCUUCUGAGUUCGUUGAAGUUGAUCCAACUGGCAGAUAUGGCAGAUACAAUGAAAUCCUUGGAAAAGGAGCUUCAAAGAUAGUGUACAGAGCAUUUGAUGAGUAUGAAGGGAUCGAGGUAGCUUGGAACCAGGUCAAGCUUUAUGAUUUUCUACAAAGCCCUGAAGAUCUUGAGAGGCUUUACUGUGAGAUUCAUCUCCUUAAAACAUUGAAACACAAGAACAUUAUGAAGUUCUACACUUCCUGGGUUGAUACUGCCAAUAGGAACAUCAAUUUUGUCACCGAAAUGUUCACUUCUGGGACUCUCAGACAGUACAGGCUAAAGCACAAGAGAGUUAACAUAAGAGCAGUGAAACACUGGUGUAGACAGAUCUUGAAUGGGCUUCUCUAUCUCCAUAGCCAUGACCCUCCUGUGAUCCAUAGAGAUCUCAAGUGUGAUAAUAUUUUCGUUAAUGGGAACCAAGGAGAAGUGAAGAUUGGUGAUCUUGGCUUGGCUGCAAUCCUGAGGAAAUCUCAUGCUGCUCACUGUGUUGGGACCCCGGAGUUCAUGGCUCCAGAAGUGUAUGAAGAGGCAUAUAAUGAGUUGGUUGAUAUAUAUUCAUUUGGGAUGUGCAUUUUGGAAAUGGUCACUUUUGAUUAUCCAUACAGCGAAUGCACUCACCCUGCUCAGAUCUACAAAAAAGUUGUUUCGGGGAAAAAACCAGAUGCUUUGUACAAAGUAAAGGAUCCUGAAGUGAGACAAUUUGUAGAGAAGUGCUUGGCAACUGUGUCACUAAGGCUCUCAGCAAGAGAGCUUUUGAAUGACCCUUUUCUCCAAAUUGAGGAUUGUGAUUAUGAUUUAAAACCAUUAGAUUGUGGACGAGAUUUUGAUGAAUUUGGACCUCUCAUAAGGCAGCCUUUACUUGAGCUACAUCACAGUAGCAGCUCCUUUAGUAAUGGAUUCUUGAAUGGUUAUUCUAGUCAAGAGCUAAAUGAAUGGGGGAGUCAUCCAGUUGAGCUUGAAGCGAGUGGAAUUGAGCUUUUUGAGCAUCACGACGAUGAACAUUAUGAAGAUGCUGGCAUAAGCAUCAAAGGGAAAAUGAGAGAAGAUGGUGACAUCUUUUUAAGACUUAGAAUUUCAGAUAAAGAAGGCCGAAUUCGAAACAUCUAUUUCCCAUUUGACAUUGAAACGGAUACAGCAUUGAGCGUGGCGACGGAAAUGGUUGCAGAACUUGACAUUACUGAUCAAGAUGUUACUAGAAUAGCAGACAUGAUUGAUGGUGAAAUUUCUUCCUUAGUACCUGAAUGGGAACCUGGUCCAGGAAUAGUGGAAACACCCCGUUUUAAUAACCAAAACAUAUGCCAAAAUUGUGCUUCUUCAGACAAUAAUACCACAAGUGGCUCUUUCAUAAAGUUUCUGGCAAGUAACAACACUUCUAGUUCCAAGAGCUUGCCAGUUGUUCAAUGUUGUAGACUUGGAUGUACUUCAAUGCAUGGUCGUUUCGAGGAGGUCACAUACCAAGCCGACGAGUCUGAGCAUCACAACACAGACGAUACACCUAACUACCAAGAAAUCUGGGGUCAGCAUGAAAGCCGAGAACUGAGUUCAGUAGACUCCGGACAGAGCCAUUCUGAUGAAGAGUAUGAGAAGAUUGAUGAGCAGUCGGCAUACACAAGAAAUGAUGAGAAGGGGAGCAACAAUUUGAACAAAACUCAAUCCAGUACAAAAAUUUCAUUCAGAGACUUAACAGGUUCUCAUUCUUUAUCCUCAAUCUCUUCAACCCAUCAUGAGAUGAUCUCAGACAAUCAUGAGAAGGAAAUGGUGCAGGAAUUAAGAUGGCUCAAAGCAAAGCAUCAGAUGGAAAUGAGGGAGCUCAAAGAUCAUCAGUUAAGACUUGUGUCAGACUUUUCAAACAGUGGAAGCACAGAGCACAGCUUAGACAAUGGGUUUUUGUCGUCUCUGAUAGUAUUAAACACACUAGGAGAAAACCAAGGAGUCGUCUUCCGAUCUUCUGCUUAUGAUAACCAAUUUAGUUCCAGUUACAAUGACAAUAUCAAUGAGAGCAGCCCCAGUUCGGAUUCCCAAAGGGCCCGAAAUUGCGAGGUGAUGAAGUCUCCAACCAACGCUAAGGGUAUGGUCACUGCAGCAGCCAAGAGUUUCAACAAUGGCUUCUUACUUCCUCACUCACUUCACAGAGCAGUUUCUCUCCCAGUUGAUGCUGUUGAUAUAUAAAAGAAAAUCUUGUGAGUUGAAUUCUUUUAUAAUUUUUUUUUUCACACACGUAUAGAGAGGCUGUACAAGUACAAGUAUCAAAAAGUCCACUCCUUUUUUUGACCAACUAGUAUGAAAAUUCAUCUACAGUUUUCUUCAA